AUUAAUUAUUGUUGACUUAUCCUUUUCAUAAAUUACAUAUAUAAUAUAGGGAAACUCUGUUUGUUUUCGUCGUAUUUGCAUGAUUCAUGUGUAUUUAUUCUCAAAAUAAUAUGUUUUUAUUAGUUUUUUUUUGGGUCUAUUUUAGUAAUAAUUCGUUCAGUUUGCAUGGAUUAUUGUGCUUAACUAAAAAAAACCAAAGUUUUACUAAAGAGAAAAAAAGUACCAAUCACUCUGAUGGCGGAAGGAAACCUUGUGGGCGUUGUUGAUCGGAUUCAACGAUUGUUGGAGUGUUUAGAUUUGAAGGAUAUUACAGAAAAACAGAGACUUGAUGAGAUUAAGAAAGAUUUUUCAAUGCUACGAGGUUCAUUUGAUGAUGCAGAGUUGAAGAAGAAGCUUUAUAGUGAUAAGUUACUAUUAAAAGAUUCACUUGCUGAUGUUGAUGACUUACUCACAAAAAUGUUGGCACUCACUUGGAGAACACGCCACGUGUCAGCACCCAAAAAGCUAAUCAUGAUGAUGAAGAUGAUGAUGAAUACCACCACUACUUUCUUCAACUCAAUCUCUUCCAAAAUGGACAACGCCAUGCAAAUCGUGAAACAGCUACAAAACUCAUCGGUUCCAGAGGCAGAGGCAGAGGCAGAGGCAGAGGAAGAGCAGAGAGGAAAUGUUGGUGGAGAAAUUAUAGUUGUGGGGAGGGAUCAUCACCUAGCACAAAUCACAGAAAAGUUGUUGAAGAAGGAUGAUGAUGAUGUUGAAGACAAGAAUUUAAUGGUGAUUCCAAUUGUGGGUAUUGGAGGAGUAGGCAAAACAAUAAUUGCUAUGCUCAUUUGUGAUGACCAAAGGGUAAAAUCACAUUUUGAUCUUACAAUUUGGGUGUCUCUUGGUGUUGCCUUUGAUGUAAAAGCCAUUAUGAAACAAAUUAUUUCAUUUAUAACACAUAAUUACCCAACUAUCUCUGAUUUUAAGGAACUGCAAGCUCUUGUUUUUUCAGAAAUAAGGCGAAAGCGAUUUCUCCUUGUUCUUGAUGAUGUCCCGCCCAAUGUUGAUGAACAAUCAUGGAAGGUGCUAACAAGUGAGAUACUAUCAGUUGGUGCAAAUGGAAGUAGAAUUAUUGUAACUACUCGUCAUACAAAGGUUGCAGAGAUUACUGGUAAGAACCAACUAUAUCACUUAGAGGAGCUACAUGAAAAGGAAGCUUGGUUACUAUUCCAAAAAGUGGCUGUGAGAGAAGAAGAAGAACUAACUGACCCGGAAAUGAUUGAGAUUGGACAAGGAAUUGCGAAAAGAUGCCGCGGAAUCCCUUUCCUCAUAACAGCAAUAGGAAGCUUAUUGCGUAUUAAGAAAACAAAACAAGAGUGGAAAUCGUUUUUCCAUGAGUUUUCAAUGAUAAUAGAGACUGAAAAUAAUGCAUUGGCAAUUCUUCAGUUGAGCUAUGAUUGUUUUGCUUUGAAAGAUUGUUUUGCUUAUUGUGCAAUUUUCCCAAAAGAUUAUGAGAUUGAUGUAGACACACUCAUAACUUUGUGGAUGUCACAGGGGUUUAUUGUUAUUACAGAGUCAGAUCAAGAUCAGGACAAUAAUGAACAACAAGAUCUUGAGAGAUUGGGUUAUAAGUAUUUUGUGGAUUUACAUGGAAGAUGUUUCUUUCAUGAAAUUGAGCAAGAUGAGUUGGGUUACGUAAAAAAAUGCAGAAUGCCUAACUUAAUGCAUGAUCUUGCUAAACAAAUAGCUGGGAAAGCUUAUGUUACUUUAAUCUUAAAGGAAGAUAGCAUUGAUGAUGCAACACUUGUUCGACAUGUAUCAUUUGAUUUUCAUUUAGAUUCAUCAUGGCAGAUUUCAAUCCCAUCUUUUGACUUGAAAAGGAUUCGAAGUCUGUUUUCAACCUUGAAAGAGCUGAGGCUUACUAAUUUGCCAAAACUAAAGGGAUGGUGUAAAGAUAAUUCAUGUGAAAAUGCUACAUUUAGUUGUCUUUCUAGAUUGGUGGUUGAGGAUUGUCCUUGUCUCAUUUCCAUGCCUCUGUUUCCAUGUUUAGAAGAAUUACUAGUGCUCAAAAAUACAAGUUGGGAGCCAUUCAAACGAACUGUGACAACAGCAAUAGAAGAGAAAAGAGCUCUAACAUCUCAAUUGGAAGUGUCAUCAUCAUCACCAUCUAGUACUCUCACCAAGAGCAAGUCACGGAGAAGCCCUCGUCGAACAAAGUCAUUAAAUAUGAAACCAAAAUCACCUUCUUUUAAAAAAGUUUCUCGACCAAAACCAGUUUCUUCCACAGUUGCUCUUGACUCCACAUUGAAGACACCAGUUCCAGCUCCACAGAAUAUUUCAUCAACAACAACAGUUACUCCUCUCUCGAAAUUGAGGACACUACAUAUCAUUGACAUGCCCAAUUCUGAUCCAAAUAUGUGGAAGUCCCUUCACAGCCUCCGUUCUGUGACAUUGGAUAAUGUUGCUGACAUAAAUGAUUAUCUUAAAGGAGGACUUAGACAAGUAACCAGCCUGCAACAACUCCAUAUUUUGCGGUGUUAUAAUUUAGUGGAAAUCGAAAGUUGGAUCGAUGACUUUAAAGCUCUCAGCAAAAUUUCAAUCAAAUUAUGCCCCCAGUUAAGAAUACCACAUGAUAGAAUUGACCUCAUCACUUCCUCAAAUGUGAAGGUUGAGCACUGCCCUCGUGUUACUCACAUUGAAAGACCUCCUUAUACUGUGUCAUUCUUUGUUGAGUUCUGUGAAGGUUUGGUUGUGUUGUGUGGCUUAACUGUUUGUGUACAUGAUAGUGAGGCCCAACUAGAAAGCCCACUAGCUAUCGAUAUUGGUGUUUGGAAACAAAGCAUCAAGAGUGCCAUAGAGAAUACAGCCCAGGAGAAAGGUUCGAACCAACCAAACCUUUCAACCAACGAAGGAGCUGCUGUCCCAGAAGUCGUUAGAGAGGGUCCUGAGCGGGUGAGCCGAGUUCGUAUGAAGCCGAGUUGGCUCCGAGAUUUCGUAAUGAUGGAGCGGCGCUGA